AUGUCCUUCGGAACGUAUGACUCCGUCCUGGAGUCUUGCGCAGCGACAGGCGACAUCGACUUACAAGCGUGGCCAUCUGUACUAUCACCUCUGAUCGAACGUCUGAACCAUAUUGCGCACAAUGAGUUUCCUAUACCACGACCAUACCCUAUCCUAAACCCAGUACUACCGUCACAGCGAUCUGUCGAUCAAGAUCGCUUCGCUGAGAACUCACACAUACCACCAGCAAAUACACCUAAUACACCAAGAACGUUGCCACCAGUACCACCCUUUGCAGGUAGUCCAGCAUCGAGCGUAGUGCCUGACUCCCAACCUCCAUCUGUAGAGUCAAAAGAAGGAAGAAAUGAAGAGGUGCAACUGCCCGUCGAGGUUCUCCAGCUGCUCGAGCAAAGCCUGAAGACCUUGCGCACAUCUUUCAGUGAGGUACCUCCUCAUACAAUACAGCGUCUCAGCGAACUAGCCUUGCACCCAACCAGGCACUAUCGCACUCUUCCUGCUUGGCUUCGUGCACUAGAUCGUGUGGUCAGUGUGUCGAGUGGUGCAGACAUCUUCCCACUCAGCGACGUACCCCCCAACAUAGGCGUAAGCAAUGGAAUUCUACAUGGACCAAUAUCUGCAGAAGGAUUAUCAAUACCUGGUUCUUCAAACGACACUCGCAAUGGCUACGAUAGAGACUCUCUCGGCUCGGACGAGAGUCUAGGUGGAGCUCUAUUGACACCGAUCCCCUGGCUGAAAGACAUCGACUCGAGUUCAGGCACAGAUUCUAGCACUCUCGACUCUAGCUCGAAGGUCGAAUCAUGGCAAGACCAGUCCCCAGAAGAAGAGAUGCUGCCAGUGAGCGAAGAUAUCACACCCACCGCAGAUGCGGCACAAGCUAUUGCAGCAGUGGCACAAGAGCAACUGGAAGAAGGACUGAUACCAGAACGAGCAGGUGGAGCGGUCACUCAGGGUGAGCUGAUAAGAAUGGAGCAAGAAGCUGGUGUAGUUCCUGUACCACAUGAGGACAUCGGUCGUAUUGGUGACGAAGGCAUAGAGAUCGACGAGCAAGGUGAACAUAUGCCACAUGCUACAGGUCCAGAUCUAAUUGGAACGAUCGACAUGGGCAAGGUAGGUGGUGAAGAACGUCAGGUCCGCAUUUCUAGCCCGCCAGAGGAGAAGGCAGGCAGUACCGGUAUACCCAAACAUGAUCCUAACGAUGCACAAGGGGUCUUGAGUGGCGGCGCUCCUGCGAAGAAGGAACAAGAUAACACGACUAGUGAACCUGCAUCUAGUGACGAUUUCGUUAGAGUUGAGAAAGAAGACACGAAGACCAACACCAACAACAUGGUCUCGUCAGGAAGUGACAGUGACGGCGAUAUUGUGCUUGUUGAUGCUGAUGGAGCUACCGCAGAUGCUGAGCGGGAAGAGAGAGCGGAUGAGAAUGGCAUAAACGUUGGUGCUGACGCUGCUGACAGUUCGACCCAAUAG